AUGGACCUGAGCUGCUUUACGCCGGAACAGUUGAUGGUUCGCGAGUCGAUCAGCAAGAUCUGCUCUGCCUUUCCAGACGAAUACUGGGCCGAGCAUGACCGAACAGAGGAAUACCCCCACGAGCUACAUGCUGCACUGUCCAAGGACGGUUGGAUAGGCAUUGCCUUGCCUGAAGACCUGGGGGGCGCCGGGUUAGGCAUCUCAGAGGCUACCAUGAUGAUGCAGACUAUCGCCCAGAGCGGAGCUGGCCUGGCCGGCGCCCAGUCGAUCCACGCAAAUGUUUAUGCUACGCAGCCGGUUGCGAAGUUCGCGUCCGAAGAUCAGCGGAAGAGGAUGCUACCUCGCCUGAUUGCUGGAGAAUGGAGGACCUGUUUCGGAGUCACGGAACCAAACACCGGCCUGGAGACGCUGAAACUUCGGACCGUAGCGGCAAAGGAUGGCGACUCUUGGAUAUCAUCAGCUCAAGUGGCACAGAAGAUGAUUCUCUUGGCUCGAACAACGCCCCUCGACGAAGUAAAGAAGCCUUCAGAAGGGCUGUCGCUCUUUUUUAUAGACUUUGACAAAACCGCGCCGGGCUUGGAUUUACGGAAGAUUAGGAAGAUGGGAGGCCGCAGCGUGGACGCCAAUGAAGUCUUCUUUGACAAUUAUAGAAUACCUGCCGAUAGCCUGAUUGGAAAGGAGGGCGAAGGGUUCAAGAUUGUUUUGCAUGGGAUGAAUGCGGAGCGAUGUCUUCUCGCAGGCGAAGCAUUAGGCCUGGGAUACGUCGCCCUAGAGAAGGCGGCAAAGUAUGCCAGAGAGCGAAUCGUGUUUGGGCGUCCGAUCGGCCAGAACCAGGGAAUCGCCCACCCACUCGCGGCAGCGUUCAUGAACCUUGAAGCCGCAAAGUUGGCAACAUACCACGCCACCAAGCUCUACGACGGGAGUAGAACCGACCCGUCCAUCGGACAGCAGUCCGUAGGCAUAGCGUGCAAUUCAGCCAAGUAUCUCGCCGCCGAAGCUGCCUUUGCCGCCUGUGAGAGAGCAGUCCUCACGCUUGGGGGGAUGGGAUACGCCCAGGAGUAUCAUGUUGAACGAUAUCUGCGGGAGUGUUUUGUCCCUCGAAUUGCGCCCAUCAGCCGCGAGAUGGUCAUGAAUUUCAUCAGCGAAAAGGCCCUUGACCUGCCUCGAAGCUAUUAG